GGUGCGGUGUGCAUUGUCUUGUGGAAACGUGUGCUGUUGAAGUGUGUGAUGUCUGUAUUGCAGGCCUGAUAAUCUGAGUCGGAAGCUUCCAGCGGAGUAACGGUCGCGAAUCUGCCAAGGGUGUGUGGGAGAAGCUAAAAUGUUACGGUGCGUGCUAAAGUGUCAAUAUGGAAGCGGAGGAGAUGAUCGCCCUCGGCCGAUUCGAUCUCCACUGGGUGUCCGUAAAAGUCUGGAUGGGCAAGUGUAAGAAUAGGGAGGGAUUGUUGAUGAAUGUCGUUGAGAAGGAUGUACCUGUUGUCCACGUAUCGUGUGUUGAGGAGGUGCAGAGGUGGUUGUUGGAGGAAAUCAUGGUAUGUUUGAUGCCAAGCGUGCUCCGUCAGGGUGAUGGCGACGUUGCAGAGGGCUGGCGAAAGUUGGCUGCCAAUGAACUUGAGAAGUCCUCGUCCUUCUUCAGCACCAAGGACGCGGAUAUUGAGAAUUGACAAAACAUCUUACAAUUUUGUGCCAAACACCACAUUUGUUUGGUCCAUGAGGCCUUGUUCUAAGGAAGAAGUACAACCAGUCGGCUGAAUGCACGAAGUAGUUGCUACAAGACAUCGUGAACCAUGCCCAAUGAACGCGUCCUCACUGAUCCUCGCUGAUCAGUAUUCUGCACCACCAUGUAGGUGUCCUAGUUCCUCGCAGAAGCGACCUUUGUGCAGCUAGCCGGGAGGAUUGACCUUUGCGAAAUCAUGAAGCAUUUGAGAGCUGGAGC